AUGCCCUCUCGAAAUGAUAGCAAGAUAAUCAUAGUCGGCGGCGGAGGCACCAUCGGCUGCUCCACGGCCCUCCACCUCGUCCGGUCCGGCUACACCCCAAGCAACAUCACUCUGCUCGACACGUAUCCUAUCCCCUCGGCCCAAUCGGCUGGUAAUGACCUCAACAAGAUCAUGGGGAUCGGACUACAUAAUCCUGUAGAUCUGCGGAUGAGCCUCGAGGCGAGGGAGAUGUGGAGGGAGGAUGAGUUGUUUAGGCCAUUCUUCCAUAACACUGGCCGGCUGGACUGUGCGAGCUCUGUCGAGGGAGUCAAGGGGCUCCGGGAAGAGUACGAGGAGAUGCGGAGCGGAGGGAGUGGGCUGGAGAAUACGACGGAAUGGUUGGACGACGAGAAGGCUAUUCUGGCGAAAAUGCCUCUCCUUGAGCGCCGGAAUAUCGAAGGCUGGAAAGCUAUCUGGAGCGAAGACGGAGGAUGGCUCGCCGCUGGAUACGCCAUCAACGCGGUCGGAGAGUAUCUGAAAGCUCAAGGGGUGAAUUUUGCUUCUGGCGAAGCCGGCUCAUUCGUCAAGCCCCUCUUUGACGCCGAUGGGACCACGUGUAUAGGCUGCGAAACGCAAGAUGGAUCUCAAUACUUUGCGGACCAGGUGGUCCUGGCGGCCGGAGCGUGGAGCCCGACCCUGGUCGAUCUGGAGGGACAGUGCUGCUCCAAGGCUUGGGUGUACGCGCACAUGCAGCUAACGCCGGAAGAGGCGGCGGAGUAUAAGGGCGUGCCGGUUGUGUAUCACGAGGACUUUGGGUUCUUCUUCGAGCCGGAUGAAUUUGGUGUCAUCAAGGUCUGCGAUGAAUUCCCAGGCUUCACCCGCUUCAAACCGCACACGCCCUACCCCCUCACAUCCCCCACCCGUAUGUCCGUCCCCCGAUCCCACGCCAAACACCCCACAGAUACGAUCCCCUCCGCCUCUGACGCGUCCAUCGACCUCGCCAUCCGCACCUUUCUCCCUCGUUUCGUGGACAAGCCGCUCUUCAACAAGCGGCUGUGCUGGUGUACUGACACCGCGGAUGCUGCGCUCCUGUGCUGCGAGUACCCGGGAUGGAAGGGAUUUUACGUCGCUACGGGCGAUAGUGGACACUCGUUCAAGCUGCUUCCGAGUAUAGGGAAGCAUGUGGUAGCGAUGCUCGAAGGGAGCUUAGACGCUGAGCUAGCGCAUGCGUGGAGAUGGAGGCCGGGAGGAGACGCUCUCAAGUCAAAGAGAGCAGCACCAGCGAAAGAUCUUAGCCAUAUGCCUGGGUGGAGGCAUGAUGCUACUGUCGGUUGA